AUGAAGUUCCUUCUCUUGAUACCGUAUUUCACAGGUUUUUCUUUAGCUUUGUGGCCGAUCCCCAAAUCAUACGAGCACGGCGAUGCUGUCCUUUGGAUAGCAAAAGAUGUUACGUUCUACUGGUAUGAAGCUGGUGCUAGAAAUGUGAACCACCAUCCCGAUCAAUCACCUUUGUUCUCUGUGUUCAAUUCUAACCCGAAGGCCGCUACGCAGAAUAAUGGCGUGGAUGGAUUGAGCCUCCACAGGCGCUACAAAGAGCCAUUCGAGCACCACAAUCGCGCAAGAGACACGACAGAAGUAUCUGGCGACGAUGUAAUCGACUUUGCUCUUCGAUCGGUCUGGAAGACUAUUUUUGAACAGGGCUUCUACCCAUGGAAGUUCCAUUCGCGAAGUUGGGACGAGCCUGCUCCGGGAAAGGGAGCGAUCUACAUCAGUCGUGUCAAUAUUCACCGUCUUGGGCCUGACUCUGCGGACAUUACAAAAGCACCAGCGGGAUCUUUGGAUGAAUCCUACACACUUGAGGUGACAGAAGACGGUGUUGCAAUGAUAGCCGCAAAUAGUAGCAUUGGUGUAGCUCGAGGCUUGACAACCUUCACACAGCUCUUUUUCCAGCAUUCGGAUGGAGAACACGUCUACACGCCCCUGGCUCCGGUCAAAAUACAGGACGAACCGCAAUUCGAACACCGAGGUAUCAACUUGGACGUAUCGAGGACUUUCAUCCCUUUGCCCGAUAUAAAGCGACAGAUCGAUGCUGUUGCUUAUGCUAAGAUGAACCGUCUGCACCUCCACGCCACCGACUCGCAGUCCUGGCCUCUGGAAAUCCUCUCGCUGCCUGACCUCGCACGGAAGGGAGCGUAUCGGCCAGAUUUGCUCUACACCGCGGCCGACUUUGCAGAGUUGCAACGAUAUGCAGCACUCCAAGGCGUCCAGCUGAUCACUGAAAUCGACAUGCCUGGCCACACAUCCAGUAUUUGGUACUCGCAGCCCGAACUCAUCGCUGCGUACAACAAGCAACCGAAUUGGGAAACUUAUGCCGCCGAGCCUCCCUCGGGCACGUUGAAGUUGAAUUCGACUGCGGUGGGAGAGUUCUUGGAUACGCUCUUUGCAGAUUUGAUGCCGAGAGUCGCGCCAUUCACGACAUACUUUCACACUGGUGGCGAUGAGGUGAACCUCGAGGCAUAUACACUUGAUGACACUGUCAAAUCGAGCGAUCCAGAGGUACUACGGCCGCUCAUGCAAGCCUUUGUAUCCGCGAACCACGAUCGAGUCAGAAAAGCUGGACUAACGCCUAUUGUAUGGGAAGAGAUGCUGUUAACGUGGAACCUGACACUUGGAUCCGACGUGAUCGUACAGUCAUGGCAGAGCGAUGAGGCUGUACUCCAGAUUGUGGAGUCUGGCCACAAAGCACUGGUGGGUAACUACAAGUUCUGGUAUCUCGACUGCGGCAAAGGGCAGUGGCUGGAUUUCGCGCCAGGAGACCCGUCAAGAGAUGCGUGGCCUUAUAUCGAUUACUGCGCACCCUUCCACAACUGGCGGCUCAUCUACUCCAAAGAUCCCUAUGAGGGGGUGCCAGAGCAUCUUCAACAUCUGGUUAUCGGUGGUGAGGUGCAUAUAUGGGGCGAGCAAACGGAUGCGAUUAAUCUCGAUACUAUGUUAUGGCCUCGCGCGGCUGCUGCUGCUGAGGUAUUGUGGAGUGGUGCCAAGGAUGGGGAUGGUCAGAACAGGAGCCAGGUUGAUGCCAGCCCUAGAUUAAGUGACUUGAGGGAAAGGCUGGUGGCGAAGGGUGUCAGGGCUGAGCCAGUACGUAUGCCGUACUGUGAGAUGGAGUCAGAUGGGAACCGAAAUCCGCAGUGUCUAGGUUAUGUUUAA